UUGUUAUCGAAUAUCCUUUCCCUGCGCAGAUCGCAGCCACCAUCGUCCUCCAGCGAAGUCGAAGCUUCCGACUAGAAACUCUUUCUUAAAGAAUCCUCUGUUUCCUGAGUUUGUAAAACGAAAGCGUAGAAGAAGACGAGAUGAGUUACUUAUUGCCGAUGCUGACGAAGAAGGCAGAGGUCGAUUCCAUUAUCAGAAAUACGAUUGACAAAGUUCUCGUUCUCCGCUUCGGUAGAGCCGAAGACGCUAUCUGUCUACAACUCGACGAUAUUCUUUCUAAAUCAUCGAGGGAGGUGUCCAAGUUCUCUCAUGUGGCUCUAGUAGAUAUUGAUUCUGAAGAUAUUCAAGUCUACGUCAACUACUUUGACAUUACCCUGAUUCCCUCCACUGUCUUCUUCUUCAAUGCCCAUCACAUGAAGAUGGAUUCAGGGAGUGCAGAUCAUACCAAAUGGAUUGGUUCAUUCUACAAAAAACAAGACUUCAUUGAUGUUGUUGAGGCAAUCUUCAGAGGGGCUAUGAAAGGUAAGCUGAUAGUUCCAUGUCCCUUGCCUCCUCAACGAAUUCCCAGGUUCCAGUUGUUGUAUAAGGAUGUUUAAGAACAACCCUAUAUUGGCAGAUAGUUUUUUUUUAUGUUGCAUUUGGAUUUGUGAUCAUACUAGAUGAUGCUCAAAUAUAAGACAAUGUUUAAACCAAAUACAAUAGUCAAACUUUAUUAUCUCACUUUAAGAGUCUUUGUCUUUUAAACGUUGUACAUAAAUAAAAAAUGACUGGCAGAAUUCUACUGCGCCA